GUAGUGACGCCACAGAAAACGCAUCAGGAACACAUCUAUAAUGAAACAUGUUACUUUGCCCUCUCGUCAGCAAACAAUAUCGAAUAUCGAGGCUGGCUGAAUGUCAAGAUUUUGAACUUUUAAGGAAUAAACAAUGAAUAAACCAAUCAUGUAUCCAGAAAAGCCAAAAUAUCGUCGUCUUGUUGAUUUGACUGAAAUUCGUAAAGGUGAUCAGUUAGCACAGCCUGGUCUGCUAAGUAUAUACACCCAUCAUCUACUGGCAGCCGAAGAUGGAGUUCCCGGAAAAACACUUUGUGUUGUUCAUCUCAAUGGAAAUGUGGCAUUAUAUUCUGGAAGUAUUUUUGGUAAAGUCAUGGAAGAAAAUAUAGAUGUUAAUUUACAAAAACAAAUAUUUUAUCGUGUCGAGUACAACAGUGUGAAAGUAUUUAGUCCAGAGAAAGUGCUCAAGAGGGCAAGAGAGAAAAUUGGUAUCGGAUGCUACUCCGCAGUUUUUUUCAACUGUGAACAUUUUGCUACAUGGUGUAAAACAGGCCAGUAUGUGUGCUUUCAGUUGUCCGAUUGCCUCCUGCGAAAAGCUUUCGCAAUUUUUAUAGACUGUAUUCUAAAGCCAAAACAGUUCAUUGGACAUCUUUCAAAAACUAUCUUUAAGUUAAUUGCUGAUGGAAUUGAGAGUUUUAUUAUUUUUAUGAUCGAAGUGAUCACAAGUCAGUCAACAUGGAAGAUUCUAGCCACUCGACAAUUGACUGCAAAAGGAGCAGAAAGACUAUCUGCGUCAUCACUCGGAACUACAGCUGGAGUUACGUUUGUGGUUACUGCUGUGCCGGAAAUUGUUAUAUACUUCAAUGAAACAGCAGAGUUAUGUAACCAGUUACAAGAAGGUAUAAUAGAUGACGAACAGUACACGGAGGAGAUGCAUCAGAAAACGGUCGGUUCCAUGGGAGCUAUAGUUGGAUCGGUAACCGGUGCUAUGGUGGGACAAGCUAUUGUUCCUGUGCCUGUAUUGGGUGCAGUGGUUGGAGGAGCCACAGGGACUCUAACGAGGAAGUUUAUCGGUAGAUUUAUCGGACGAUUGCUCUUCCUCUGGAAUGUUAUGUUGUGGAUUGUGCAAGCAAUAUGUCUUUUAACUGAGAAUUCAUUAAGUUUUCACUGUUAA